UUUAGACACAAAAGAAAAAAUACGAAAAAAAAACUCAAUAACAAAAGUAGCGUAAUAAAAAUUUAUCUUUAAGCGGAGAUUCGCUAGCAUCAACAAGCAGCAGCGGCAGCGGCAGCGACAGCAUCAUAUGUUUCCACUAAUGCAGCGUAGAAUUGUUGUGUGCAUUCCAGCGGAAGCCACCAGCCACCGGCGAUGAUACAAAUUGUGCACACCUACAUACAUACAUACCAUAUGUACGUACAUACCAAUGCAUAAGAGUAUUAACAAAUAGCGAAGCUGCUACAUUGCAAUGUUACUGUUGCAAUUUGGAUGCGAAAUUCAUUGAAUGAUUUAAUAUAAAAAUAAAAAAUGCCGUAAAGAGGAAAAAGAAUUAACAAAACACAAAGGCAUAAAAAGCAAGCACAAAUAGCAACGAAUAAGCAAAUUAAUUUAUUAAAUUAUGGGAAAAAGCAGAUUGUCGUAAUAAAGUUGGAAAAUACAACAAUAAAAGGUUACAAAAUACAAAAAAGUCAAAAAUAUAUGAAAACAAAUCCCAUAAAUGCAACAACGGUAAAUGGCUUAAGCGGCAGUUUUCCCAUGUAAUUAUGGUAUAUCAAGCUAAGGCGCAUGUUCAAAGACAAUUCAAUUAACAACUUCACACAUUUCACAGCAACCAGCAUAAAACAUGUUUUCCACUUUAUUUCAAAUAUUCAUUAAAAAAUCUUUAUUACAACGAACUAAAAAUUAAUGUUAAAAAAUUGCAAGACAAAUUGUAAAAAUGUUUUAACGGCUUAAGAAAUUUCAUUAAAUGCAAAUUAAUUCACUUAAAAAUAAAAGCGUUCAAAUUCAAAACGCCACAGCAAUAUUCAAAAAGUUGUAUAUAAACUAAAAACUUGCAUGGUUGAACUCGUGUGUGUUGCGAGUGUGUGUUUGUGCGCUGAUAAGAAAUACACGUAUACGCAGAGGCAUAAAAUUCAUCAUACGACGUGUGCUCCAUUGGGGCACACGCCAAUCAACACGCAACGCCCCCCACUCAGUCCAAUCAGUCACUUACUCAUUUACCCAGUCAGGCAGUCAGUCAGACAGUCAGGCAGUGAGGCAGUGAGCGAGGCAAAUGACUGACAAGUGCGAUAACCUGUAGUGGCAACGCGUGGAUUCCUGAGAUUUUCACACUUCAGGAAACUUACGAAAAAUACCGUGGCACGCACAUAAGCAAACACAAGGCGAAAACUUCGUAAAGAGUUCCUUAUACAAAAGCAACAAAGCCUACAAAGCCAACAUUGACUGGAGAUUGUAUGAGAAAGAAACGCAAAAUGUCUGAGUCACGUCGUCCUUCGGUCAGUUUUACCGCCAUGCCCCCCGGCGUUCUAGUCAACGAUAGCCGCAGUAAUUCCACCGACGAUAUACAAAUCGCUUUAGCGCCACACAUACAAACGUAUUUAAGCCAAACCGGCCGAAGGCAUUCCUGCUGCAGCGUCAUGUUGCCGGUGGCGUUCGAAAGGGCCUCAUCCAAAUCAUGGUUGGAUCCGAAAUUCGAUUCAGCCGUGCUGGAGGGACAAUUCCAAACAAGCGUAUUUCCACACGUACGCAUGAGAUACAGAUUUGCACUCUCCUACAUUUUAAUAUGCUCACUGUCAUGGUUCCUGUACUUUCUCAUCGAUGGCGGCUCCGAACACUUUUGGCGUCCGAUAUCGAGCGCUUUCUCAAUGCUCUCGCUCGUCACAAUCACUGCCCUCUGCUUUACGCACUGGGAUAUGUAUCGCGCCUACCGAAACCUGACAUCGGCGAUAACAGCCAUCGUACUAUGUGCCUUCUCAUUGGCAUUUCUCACUUUGACAGGACGCGCCUUCAGUCCGCUCGGUCACUUCUCCAUUUGCGUUUCGAUCGUGCUGCUCAUCUAUACCGCACUCCCCAUGCAGUUGUGGUUGAGCGCCUUUAUCGCUGUCAUAUACUCCGUACUCUUCGAGGUAGCCUCGCAUAGAGUGGUGGGUAAUAGCGCAACACAUAGCACGGCAACUGAGAGUAAUAAUAAAAUUAUGCUUAUGCGAAUUCUCCUACACAUUUGCGUCCAUCUCGUGGGUGUUCACGUUCUCGUCAUGAAUGUGGUUCGCAUGCGUGGCAUGUUUAUGAAGAUCGGCCAAAAUUUACUGGUACGUCGCCAACUGGAGAUGGAGAAACAGUUAAAAGAGAAGAUGAUACAUUCGGUAAUGCCACCGAAGGUAGCGGACAUGCUGUUGAAUGAGAGUGGCGCUGGAGCUCUUGAUACCAAAGACGGUGUGGUCGAUCCAGACUCUCACUAUGUACGCCCGCGUACAUCCAACGACCUCAAAUCACUAUUUCGUCCAUUUCACAUGCACAGCAUGGACAAUGUGAGCAUUUUGUUUGCGGAUAUAGUCGGUUUCACGAAGAUGUCCUCAACCAAGACGGCAGAGCAGCUGGUGGAGAUACUCAAUGACCUGUUCGAACGUUUCGAUGAUCUCUGUACGCUAAAUGGCUGCGAAAAGAUAUCCACACUGGGUGAUUGUUACUACUGUGUAUCCGGCUGCCCGGAACCACGUGCCGACCACGCGAUAUGCUGCGUUGAAAUGGGUCUUGGCAUGAUCGAUGCUAUGCGUUGCUUCGACGCGCAACGGCAUGAGGGUGUAAAGAUGCGAGUAGGCGUGCAUACCGGUACCGUGCUCUGCGGUAUUGUAGGUACGCGGCGCGUUAAAUUCGACGUUUGGAGCAACGACGUUAGCUUGGCGAACAAAAUGGAGUCUUCUGGUAAGCCAGAGCAAGUGCACAUUUCCGAGGAAACGUCAAACUUCUUGGGGGAUGCUUAUAUGCUGGAGGAGGGCGAAGAAGUAUUUGGUCAUCGCACAUACUUCGUAGUCGGUCGCCGAAAAGAUGUGUCGCGCGCCAACAGUCUCAGCCCGAGCAUACCCGCCAACUAUGACGGCAGUCACUUACAGCUGCCUGGGAUACCUGGCCAACCGACACCACUAUCACAGAGCGCAACAAAUAUUUCAGUAAUCCAUCCAAAUGUUCCACCGGCCUCGCCAGUGGGUCAACUCUCCUCUUCAUUAAACCCCUCGCCCAUACUUUCAAUGCGUCCACGUCUUACCUCGCUCAGUAUGAAACUGCGCAAGAAGUCUCAAAGCCGCGAACGUGAUAUCGAACGCGGUAUUGUACAUGCGGACGGAAUGGGUGUACCACCAGUGAUUGUGGUGCGUGAAAGGCCAAAGAUUAUUAUAACCACAAAGAGUCUGCCCGGCAGCUUGGAUUCUGCUGAUGACCCCGACAAAGUGGAUGAGGGUUGCUGUAAGGGUCUCAACGGCACGAAUGGUAACUCAGCCAAAGUACAUGUAGCUGAAGAGAGUGGACGCGCAAAAAUCAAACUGAAGGUGCCCAAAGUUCCGCGCUUCCUCAAAAAAAUCGAAGACAUCGUCAAGCACUCGGACAAGUCUUCAACCACUGAGGCGGGAAACAUUGCGUCAAACACCAAACUUACGGUACCGCACACCGAUGAAACUGUAGCAUUCAUUGAGCCAAAUGGUUACCAUCAAUUACCUAUUCUCAUUGAAUCGUCUAAGCCAACAACUACAUCACACACACUGGAGAUACCCCAGAAGCCGAUCCUGCAUCAUGCCGCAACUUCCACCGGCAUCUCACACAACUACGUGCGCUCGCCUGACGGCAGUUGUUGCUCACCUGGACAGUACUCCAUGUUUGACGACAUUAUUGAUAUACGCUCCUACAUUAGUCAGUCCCGCAGCGACAUCUCCCCUUUCGGUCGUUCGGGCAGCUACCGUUCGCAAUGCGGACGCAGUGGCAAAUCGGAAACUUCGCCGUUGCCGCGUCCACGCGCUUCCACGCUCACCUCCGGUACAGUUGAUAAGAAUAGUGAUACACCCGCAGCACAACCGCUCAUCGCCAGUGGCACAUCGAUCCCCUGCGCGCCCACAGCCACAACCAAUCAUCAGCCUGCAUACUCACGCAAUUCGAGUAUUUGGCCCGAUGGUCUCAGCAUAUGUCCUUCGGCGACUUCUCGAAAAGACUCCGGCAUUAAAAGUAACUCACGUCGUUCCUCAAUACAACAACAAAUCUAUGCGCUCAACCAAUCGGCCAUUAGCCAACAUCGCGUCUCAGGUUAUUUCACCAGCUCAACGUCAAGCAUUUCAAACAUCGGCGACGUAACAACGCUGCCACACGUGCCGCUCCCACCGAUACCACAACCAAUGCCGCCAGUAGCUGAUCCCCUAGCAGCCUGUCUACAACAGCUACGCAAACAAUCCGAUCUCCAGUUGAUACGCUGCGUACGUGACAAUGCAAAAUCACAGCGCAGUUAUCUGGUCAAGCCGCCACUCAAACGUUUCAGUUUGUAUUUCAAGUCAAAGCAAAUGGAACGAGAUUUUCGCUCUAAGGCACACCGCUUCGGCAAUGAGAAUGAAACAGAGGGACCACCGACGCUGGCGACGCCACGCUAUAAUACGUACAUCGAUAUCUUUGUCGGCAUCGCCGUUUACCUCUGCAUUUCGAUCUCACUAUUUCUUAUGACGCCAAACACCGUGACUCCAAGCUUUCGACUUUGGGUGUCGCUCUUCACGAUCUUCACGGCCAUACAGAUAUUUGCAUUGUUCCUCUUCACACGUCAAAUGUGUCGACGGCACAGCACUGCACGUACGAAAGUCAACGAGACAGAGUCAUGCGCCGACCGCAUAUUCGAGGCAAUCUCCAGCUGGUAUCCCUGGCACAUAUGUUUGGCUAUACUUAUGGCCAUGCCGGUUAUACUGAUAAUUGCCAACUUCCUGCUACUCGAUCUCAAUUUGCUCGAAGCUUUCGAGUACCACUACGGCUUCCUCAUCUUCGUCUGUAUUGUGCACUUCUGCAACUUCACACAACUUAAUUGCUGGAUGCGCAACACUUUGGCAAUCAUGGCGGCCAUGUGCUUCGUUGGCAUAGCCGUAAGUCAACUGACGGUCUAUUCGAAUCGCACAGAUGCAGCUGAGGCCGCAGCUUUGGCACAAAACGCAACACGCUUGCCCUAUCCCGGAGCCGAAGGUGGAAACUAUAUAAUCGAGGAAAUCAAAUGGUUCCAGGACUAUCACGUGGAAAUUUAUUUGGACCUACUACUCAUACUAGUGUUGGUUGGGUUUUUGAAUCGGGAGUUCGAGAUCGGCUACCGUCUGACCUUCUACGGCAACGCGGUGGCCAAUCAAGACAAGAUACGCGUCCAAAACAUGAAAAACCAAGCAGACAUGCUGCUGCACAACAUCAUACCCAAACAUGUGGCUGAGCAUCUUAAAAAUACCGCGAAAUACUCCGAGAAUCACCACAAUGUAGCCAUCAUCUUCGCGUCCAUAGUCAAUUUCAACGAAAUGUACGACGAGAGCUACCUCGGUGGCAAAGAAUACUUGCGUGUUUUGAACGAGCUGAUCGGCGACUUCGACGAACUGCUCUCCCGUCCUGAAUUCCGUUGUGUGGAGAAGAUCAAGACUAUCGGUUCCACUUUCAUGGCGGCAAGUGGACUCGAUCCAUCACACCGAGGCGAGAAGAAUGAACAUAUACAUGCGCUAAUGGAAUUCGCCAUUGCGAUGCAGGAAGUAGUUGACGCCUUCAACAAGGAUCUACUCGAGUUCAACUUAAUACUACGUAUUGGCAUGAACAUCGGUGACGUCACAGCUGGCGUCAUUGGCACGAGUAAACUGCACUAUGACAUCUGGGGUGAUGCAGUGAAUGUGGCAUCACGAAUGGACUCGACAGGUGUGCCGAAUCGCAUUCAAAUAGGCAAGGAUUGUCUACCGCUGCUGGAGGACAAGUAUGAGUUCGAGCCACGAGGCAGUGUAUAUGUGAAGGGUAAAGACCAUAUGGAAGUUUAUUUGUAUACAAUACGCAGAGGUGAAUGGGAAGAGGGCAAGGAGGAUAGGGAGCCUAUGGAGAAAUCAGAAAAAGAUGCGGCGGUAGAAGAAACACAAGCCGAACCAGGUGGCGUGCAUAAAUUAGAGAACGGUGAUGUGAACGGACGAGCAGGGACUGUACGCUCAACGAGCAAAGAGGAUACCUAAAAACGCACACAACUCAGUGAUCUGUGUAUGGUGAACGAGGAAAAAAUUAUUUUUAUUGGAAAUCAAGUGCUGUGAUGCUGACAAAUGACUAUCCGAUGAGAAAGUGCGCGUUAGUCAGGCGCAACGUGUAGAGGCUUACGGGUAUUAGGUUGAACGGCAACCGAAGGUGCACGAGAGUCAUCUAACGGGGAACUAUAAAGGUCUAACGAACGAAUCUUACUCGUGAUUAAUCGUGGAGUUUUUCGUGUGUGUGACUUUUGAGAGUGCAAGAGAGAAUUAAGUGCAAAUUGCCUAACACUGGCCUUAGGCCUUACUGAAAACUAAACGGGUUUUGAAGUAUGGAGAGGUUUCAAUAACUGCAUUUAUAUUAUGUACGGAAGGGGGGUGUACAUGAACUUUAGGAAUAUGAGACGAGAAAAAAAUGUAUAAUUAGGCAACUUAAUUGUGAUAUUGUGCAUAAAGGUGGGUUGAGACUAUGCGAAAAAUUUGUUGAUUGAAAGUCGUGUCAUAAAUGUAUAACGACACAACUAAACACUUAAAUAUGUGCUGAGAAGUUAUUGUUUUUGUUAAAGUAUUAGAGUAUGGGACAACGGCUGAGCUGCUUGUAUUGGUUUUUUUGGAGCUUAGUGCUGAGAUACUGUUAUUUUGUUAACGAAUGUUGGAAUUUUGAAAUUAUAAGCAGUUGAGGCAAACUUUAAAGAAAUAUAUGCAUACAAACAAACAUGUUAUAUACGAAUAUAUGAAUAUAUGAAUCUGGCUUUCAAUGUCUUAGUGUUAAAAUAAUAGUGAAAAAGAUUAAUAAUAACUGUAGUUUCAGACAAGGGAUUUUAAUUACAAAAUACUUAAAACAUAAUAUACAUAUUUACAUACCCCUAAUGCUGUUAUAAAAGCAGAUAAAGUAAUAAAAAAUUUCAUUUCAAUUCUUUUUUCUAAUUCGAAAUAAAUAUUUUUUAUUUUAGAGGGUUAUCCAUUUUGUGGUUUAGAAAAUAAAAAAAAGUAAAAGAAAUUCAAAAUAGUUUUCUUCAUGAAACUCCUUCUUUAUUAUAAAGUUUCAAUCUUGUACACGUAUGUCAUAUACUACUUCAUUGAAAUGACCCCCUCGGCAACGUGUAAAAUCGCACGAUCUCGGUGGCCAUCAUUGAAAGAGCAUUUUUGUAAUUUUAACGGAUUGUGCAGUUGCCUGACUUCUAACGAAAGCAAAGCAUAUUUGGUUUAACUGUUAAGUUUGCCAGAUGUCAAAAUACAUCCCUGUGCUUUGGAAAUCACAAAAUGGAUAACUCUUUUCAUGUAGCUUAUACAAAAAAAAAACAUUUUCGAAAAAAUUGAUAGGGAAAUAUUUUUUUCUUUUUAAAUACGAUUGAAUCAAAAUAUUUCUAACGAAUAAAAUUCUAUGUCAAAUGUUUAUUUUUAUAAUUAAUUUUCUUUUUAUAUUUUUUCUUAGUAACAAUAAUUCACAUAAAAUAAUAAUAAAAAAAACAUUGCUUCAGUUUCCAAAGUUUUUUUUUUAUGCAUUCUACGGAAUUCAAAAAAAAGAAAAAAUUUUCUAAAAAUAAUAUGGAAGCAUUUCUAAAAAAAAAUUCUAAUAUUAUCUAAAUACAACCAAAAAGUUUCUAAAGAUUGAGCAACGCAUUUCUAUAGAUAUAUGUAAAUAAAUGUAUGUAAAAAAAAAAA